AUGCUUACUUCACCUUCAUCUUCUCCUCCCAGAACACCUGGUUAUGAAGACUGUAAAAAGCAAAGUCGAGUCUAUCUUCAAGAUCAUGGAAUUGAAAAGGAUUGUAAUGGUAAAGUCAUUUGUCCAGUGUGCUGUCAAAGCAUCGAAUAUGGAAAUGUUGAAGAUCAUAUUGAAGAUUGCCUUAAUUUGAGAAAUAUGUUAAAGACGACAGGUGUAUCAUGUGUGACUCCUCAAAGAAAAUCGAAACCCAUUGGAAGGUUUUCACCUUUCAAUUCAUACCAACAAGAUUUCACUUCCUAUUAUGGAGAUGCGUACUUACUAAGCUCAACUUCUCCUGAUCAACAAAGGAAAGAUGAACAAAUUGCACGACAAAUUCAUCUGACUGAUUUGAAAGAGUUAAAGAAACAACAACAAGAAGAAGAAUGUAUCAAGUGUGAUCGAUGUGAAAAAAGUUUGCAAAUUGACUCGGCAAUUUUUCUUGAUCAUUGUGUCCAUUCGUUUUGUGCUGAAUGUUUGAGGAAUUGCAUUUCUCAAUUUAUGGACGAAAAGGAAGAAUCCGAUAAUACCUCUUGUGAUUUGUCUUGUAUUCCUUGUCCAGCUGCAUGUUGUUUUGAAUUCAUUCCUCAAACUGUCAUUUCCCAAGUAUUGACAGAAAAGGAAAAGGAACGACUCUCUGAUUUGGGUUUGAAGAAGGCAUUCAAUAGUAAUACUUUUGUCAAAUGUCCAAACCCAAACUGUGGAACUGUGAUUGAAAGAGUGCUUCGAACUCGAGAAGAAAUCAUUCAGGAAAUUAUUCGACAAAAAAGACCUCCAAGUGAGACUGAGGUACACAAAGAACAGUACAGAUUCCGAUGUCGAAUAUGUUCCACUGAAUUUUGUUCCAAUUGUCAUUCAAUACCUUACCAUGAACAAUUUACCUGUGCAUCGUAUCAUGCAUUCCUUCAUUCUAAAAAGUGUCGAUUUUGUGAUAAAAUGAUUGACAAGUCCUCAAAGGAUGUAUGUACGAGUGAAGAAUGUCAAGAGAAACUCAAGUAUGCUUGUUCUCAUGUACACAAAUGUGGACACUUGUGUUGUGGUAUCAAAGAUGAAUUUCUUCAUUUGCGAUGUCUUCAAUGCAGUGAUGAACUUGAACUUCAAGAAGGUGAUGAUUUUUGUAACAUUUGUUACACCUCUUCUUUAAAACAAGCACCAUGUAUUGAAUUGAAAUGUGGACAUAUCUUCCACUAUGAAUGUAUUCGAAAGAGACUUGAAAAGAAAUGGUCAGGUGCUCGAAUUACAUUCAACUUUGAAAAAUGUCCAUUAUGUAAUCAAGUGGUGGAACACUACUCUCUCAAAGAUUUAAUCCUUCCUAUUCGAGCAUUGAAAUCCAUGGUUGAGAGAAAGGCCUUAAUGCGAAUGGAUCAUGAAGGUCUUUUGAAAUGUGAAGAAGUUACCAAUGAACAUGGCAAGUAUUAUAAGAAACCAUUAGAAUAUGCCAUGAAUACCUUUGCUUAUUAUCUUUGUUAUGAAUGUAAGAAUCCAUAUUAUGGUGGAAAGAUUCAAUGUGGUGGUGAAAAUGAUGAUGAGAAUGAAGAUUUCAAUGAACAAGAUUUAAAAUGUGGAUCAUGUUGUAUGAAAAGCGUGAGAAGUAAUUUGGUGUGUGAUUUACAUGGAACUGAAUUCAUCGAGUACAAGUGUAAAUUUUGUUGUAAUAUUGCCACAUGGUUUUGUUGGGGAACCACUCACUUUUGUGACAAGUGCCAUCGUAAACAAGUAGAAGUCCAACAACUCACCAAAACACCCAAGAGUCAACUUGCCAAAUGUUUAGGUCCACAAAAAUGUCCUUCUGGUGGUAAUCAUCCAGAGAAUGGAGAGGAACAUGUUCUUGGCUGUUCGAUCUGUCGAAUUAGUAGGAUUCACAUGGAUUGA